CAUGAAACGUACACUCGUCGCGAACAAGGAAGCCAAAGAAGGAUCUAUGGGGGCAGUUGUUCCCAGAAGGGAGACAGAUGUUUCUGUCUUGGCCAUUACGGCGAAAACCUAUGAGAUAUCGGAAACCCUUUGACGAUGAAUGGUCCACCACUUGAACACGAGACAGCGAUCAGGUUCGCUUUCGUUGCUGCAAAUCUUAUGACGGGUGUUUCUGUUUCCGUAUUCCUUCAGCCAACUUUUUUUUCUCUUGCUUUUUUUGGAGGCGGUCUUGGCGACGGAAAGCCGGGGCAGAUCACGUGGAGUCGGCUCUCUCCUCUCACUCUAAUCCCCUCAAAGAACUGUGGGAGACUAAUGUCGUGAAGCUAUGCUCAGAUAGCGAGGUCAGCUUAAUUCUCUAAGAGAUGCUUUGACCCCCUCGAAACUAUGUUAGAUAUCGUA